AUGGCACGCAAUGCGUCGCUUUUUUUGGGCAAGGAUCAUGAGCGAUGGGCACACCAUGACGUAGACCGUAUGGUUGGCCCUGUUUGGAAAGGCGUGAUGAGCGCCGUGACUGCGACGUCAGAUCAGUGGAAUAAUGCGCCGACACUCGUGCCUAUGCACGCGAGCGCACUGGGCAUCAUUGCCGAGCGUACACAGGAGAUGGUACCUGUAAAUGCACACGCAUUGGAAGGGGCUGUGUGGCUGGGCGGGUGUGCAGGGGAUACGGCGCAAGCGGAUGCGGCCGAUACGGCAGCCAGCGACAGCGCAGACGGAGAGACACUGACGCAUGCCAUGGCGCAUGCGCAGCUUGCAGGCGCGUGCCACCCCUCCCUCAACAAUAGCACACCUAUUCCCGAAACGCCGACAGAUCGGGGUGCGGCAAAGAUGCCCUCGUUGUGGCGCCAGCUCCCGUCGGUGGCUUCGCGACGAAUUCGAAGAUCGCACCUCCUGCGCAGCGCAACGAGACGUGAGCGCUCGCUCUCCCGUCCCUCGUCGCCCGAGGUUGGAAUGCAGCGCGAUGUGGUGCCCUCGAUCCCGUUGUACGGCGACAAGCCUAUUCUGAAACUCGAGCCUCGGCGCGCUGUAGAGUAUGUGGAAGGCACACUCUACGACAAGUCGGGCCCUUUUAUGGAAGGCGCAACGACGGAUAGCCUAAGUGUGCGCCUCUUUUGCGCGCCGGAAUCCGGUGUUUCCUACCUAAUCACUACCCCUGACAAUCGUGUAUUCAGCGCGGCCAAGCGGCGGCGGUGGGCGAUGGACAAUGAAGGCCAUUUUUUCGCCGCGAUGGAGCUCAAAAGCGUCGAGGCCAAGCUGACUUCCGUGUCAUCUGCCAACGAUCCUGUAUUUGCCGAGGAGUACGAGGAAGAUUUACGCAACCACUUUUUAGACGACGCCCUCGACGAGCUGCAAAAAGCAGAAACCCUCACACAUCCCCGCCCUUUGCUCGCGCCGCAUAUUUUGCAGACCGAGGACGAAAAGAUAGUGCGCCUGGAAGAAGACUACCCCGAAGAAGCGUUUUUCGCCAUUGCGGGGUGCACAGACGAGGAGCUCUACCCCGUGAUUGCGCUCGUGUUUGUCGAGGCCAUCACCACUCUCUGGUGGCUCCACUCCCACGGCUGGAUGCACGGGGAUAUCAAGCUGGAAAACCUCAUGUUUACGCGGGACAAGGACCUCGUGCUCAUUGAUUUCGAGAAUGCCAGUCCUUUCCGCGGCUCGCGCUCGCACGACGGCAAGAUUCAGCUGCUCAGUUUCGACUGGACGCCGCCAGAGUUGGAAGUGAGUUUGCUGGGGCGGCGCAUGGGCCCUUCGGGCGAUCUCUGGGCGCUGGGCUGCAACUUGAUCCGCGCUUUUGCGCUGCGCGACGGCGUCGAGGACAGCAUCGUCCGCGAGUCAUUGCUGGGCGCAGGCCGCGCGGCAUUCUUUGCGUUCCGCAAGUCACUCUUACCUCCAAGCGGCCCCAACGACGAGCCGGGUUACGGUGUGGAUUUGCUGCCGAUUGUUGACGCGCCCGAGGCAAAGUUGGAUACGGUGCCGCGGUACCAAGUCCAUCCCGCGCGUCUCCUGCGCCGAUUCGCGCGUACUGCGCCGUGCUUGCUGCAGUACCUGCUUGCGUACAGCGUCGCGCCGACGCCAGCGGAGCGCUGCGAAUACAAAGGCAUGCAGCUGGCAAAGUCCAUGCGCGACGAUUCUGCGAAUGCCGACCUGUGGCGCUUAGCGAAACGCGCGCUGAGUGUGUCUAUUGAUAUGAGUGGCAGUGCAUGGGUGCGGCCGAAACUUGACGAGGCACGCACAAUCAUGGAACUUGAACACACCAGUACAUAG